CUCGGUAAAGCUGUUGACCGUUCACUGCUGGUUUAUCUGGAGAAAGAAAAGCGAUCGGUGGGACUAAACGCGAGUUUUAACCGCGGCCUGCUAUUGGAUUCAGUGGAUGAUUAAGGGAACGAGUCUGAUUAAUUCUGGUAAAUCUAAACGUGAAGUUGGCGCGUGUGAACCCCGAGUAAACGGUGAUGCCACAUCAGUGAUGGAUGCCAUGGCCGUGAGCACGUCAGCGGCGGGUCCCGAUGAGUUCGACCGCAACGCGCCGCGCAUCUGUGGAGUGUGUGGAGACAAAGCCUCCGGUUUCCACUUCAACGCCAUGACCUGCGAGGGCUGCAAGGGCUUCUUCAGGCGCAGUAUGAAGCGCAAGGCCAGCUUUACCUGCCCGUUCAGCGGAAACUGCUCCAUCACCAAAGACAACCGGCGUCACUGCCAGGCCUGUCGUCUGAAGCGCUGCGUCGACAUCGGCAUGAUGAAGGAGUUCAUCCUGACGGACGAGGAGGUGCAGAGAAAGAAGGAUUUGAUCCUGAAGCGGAAGGAGGAGGAGGCGGCGCGCGAGGCGAGGAAACCUCGUCUGAGUGAAGAACAGAUGCAGAUCAUCAACACACUGAUGGAGGCGCACCACAAGACCUACGACGACUCCUACUCCGACUUCGUGCGGUUCCGGCCUCCGGUCCGUGAGGGUCCCGUCACUCGCAGCGCCAGUCGAGCCGCGUCUCUACACUCUCUGUCUGACGCCUCAUCAGAUUCAUUCAACCAUUCACCAGAGUCUGUGGACACGAAGCUGAACUUCAGUAAUCUGCUGAUGAUGUAUCAGGACAGUAGCCCCGACUCCAGCGAGGAGGACAGCUCUCGGCUCUCCAUGUUACCGCACCUCGCGGACCUCGUCAGCUACAGCAUCCAGAAGGUCAUCGGAUUCGCCAAGAUGAUCCCGGGGUUCAGGGACCUGACGGCAGAAGAUCAGAUCGCUCUGCUCAAGUCCAGUGCCAUCGAGAUCAUCAUGUUGAGGUCGAACCAGUCGUUCAGUCUCGAGGACAUGAGCUGGAGCUGCGGAGGACCAGACUUCAAAUACUGCGUCAAUGACGUCACCAAGGCGGGUCACACAGUGGAGCUGCUGGAGCCGCUGGUCAAGUUUCAAGUGGGUCUGAAGAAGCUGAGCAUGCAUGAGGAGGAGCAUGUGCUCCUGAUGGCCAUAUGCCUGCUGUCACCAGAUCGCCCGGGCGUUCAGGACCACGUGCGCAUCGAAGCGCUCCAGGACCGCUUGUGUGACGUUCUCCAGGCGUACAUCCGCAUCCAUCACUCGAGCGGGAGACUCGUCUACGCUAAGAUGAUCCAGAAGCUGGCGGACCUGCGCAGCCUGAACGAGGAGCACUCGAAGCAGUACCGCUCGCUGUCCUUCCAGCCCGAGCACAGCAUGCAGCUCACGCCCCUGGUGCUCGAGGUGUUCGGCAGCGAGGUGUCCUAGCAUCCGAGGGCCCCCCGGAGCACUCCCGGACCCACGCCGGAUCCCAGACCCGGGAGCUCGGCGCUUCGGCUAGGAGAGCGCCACGGUUCACACUGCGGGGGGCUGUAGA